AACCGGUUCAUUGGUUCGGUAACCUGACGGAAGGCCACGGUGGACAAGCGGCACUGGCGGGAGGCAUGGAGACAAGAGACCGAAAAGAAGCAGACAAGAAGAGCGCAGAGACUGAGCAGGAACGGCCAGAAGAAGCACGACAGACAAGAGCAGAAACCGAACAUUGAACAGGUCCAAAGACAGCGACUUCACAGUUCAUAAAGCAAAAGGUCUCUCUACUUAUCCUACACAACAUUCGAAAAAGCAAAGGUCGGCGUUAGCCGUUAAGACAUGCGAAUAAGGACGAAAAAUGCGAACAACGCAUAAAUGUUAGACAGCUAUGUCUGUCAAUGUGGUGCUACGGCCUGGUAGUUGGCAUAAUAUGGCACAGCCCCCGACACAGCCUUACACGGUCCUGUGUGCUGCAUCAAACCCACACACCGACCAGCGUAGUUCCGAGUGUAUGAAGUGGUCCGUGCGUCAGUGUACCGACAGAAAUGGAGAGCCAACGCGACACGAUAACGGCUCGAUAGACCGGCGCGGCGGCGACUGAGUCAGGCCGGUACGUGUCAGUUUGCGCUGGGAGCGCCGAUAGCGUGCCAUCAGUCGACCGAGGAGGCGCGCAGAGUGACAGUGGAGGCGGCGGACCUGUCUGAGAGUGUGUAGUGUGUUUCGGUUGGUGUCGGAGGAGUCAUGCAGCGGGCUCCGGCGCUGCGGCGCACCGCCGGCCGCCGCUGUCGGGACGAGCUGGACAGCGCCGUCGGCGGCGCGCUCAGCCCCCAGGAGCAGCUGUUCCGCGCCUGUAUGAGCGGCGACCGGCGGCGGGCGGUGCGCGCGCUGGAGCGCGGCGCCGACCUCAGCGCGCCGCUGAUGGCCGUGCCGCUGAAGGGUCGGUGGCGCGGCGUCACGCAGUUCCGACCCAACCUGCUGCUGCACGCUGUCGUGGCCGCCGGCGACGUGGCGCUGACGGCGCUGCUGCUGAGCCGCGGCGCCGACCCGCGCCGCGCCGACCCCGACGGGCGCACGGCGCUGCACGCGCUGGCCGCCGCAGGCCGGCUGGACGCCACCACCACGGGCCGGCUGGCGCGCCUGCUGGUGGCUGCCGGAGCCGAUCUGGAGCAGACGGACAGCGCCGGCCGCUCGGCCUGUCACCUAGCCGCCGGCGCCGGCCACGCGGCGGCGCUGGCCGCGCUGGCGCAGCUCGGCGCCGACUGCGGCCGCGCCGACUCGGCCGGCAACAGCCCACUGCACGAGGCCGUCCAGUCGGGCAGCGGACUGACCACGCUGCUGGCGCUGCGGCUCAGUCCGGCCUGCCUGCAGCGCGCCAACAGCGCCGGUCGGCCGCCGCUGGCGCUGGCCGCCGGACCGGACACGGCUCGACCGCUACUGGCCGCCGGCGCCGCGGUGGACGCGGCCACACUGCUGGCGCUGCUGCAGCGCGCGCCGGACGCCGUGCCGGCCGCGCUCGACAGCUGCGUCACCACCAACGACGCGCCGCUCGAGAGUAGCACGCUGGAGGUGAGCGUGACGUUCUCGGCCUUCUGCGGCGGCUCGCCGGCCACCGAGGACCGUCUGCUGGCCGCCGUCGUGGCCAGCCAGCAGUUCCACCUGCUCAAACACGACGCCGUCGAGCCGUUCCUGCACGCCAAGUGGUGUCGCGUGCGUCACCUGUACUACGUCAACCUGGCGCUGUGCGCCGCGCUGACUCUGAUGGUCAGUGGCUACUGCUGGGCGCGCCUCGGACGGGCCAGUGACGGAGCGCAAACGGCGCUGGCUGUCGGUGUGGCGCCGCUGGCAGCCAUCAUGGCCGUUCGGGAGGUUUUCCAGGUGGUGCACGACCCGCACCAGUACGUGCGCAGCUUCGAGAACUGGGUGGAGGUGCUUCUGCUGAUGCUCAUUGGCGCGCUGCUGGCGGCCCACGGCGGCACCAGCGACCGCUUCCACUGGCUCGAGCACACCGUGGCGUGGACGCUGCCAACCGCCUGGCUAGAACUCACGCUGAUGCUGGGCCGGUUCCCCACCUUCGGCGUCUACAUCAACAUGUUUGUGAGCGCGGCGCGCCGGCUGAUGCUGUUCGUGCUGCUGCUGACGCCGCUGGUGAUCGGGUUCGCGGUGGGCUUUCACGUGCUGCUGGGCGCGCCGUCGACCGGCCAGGACGAUGUCUGGGGUCCGUUCAUGACGCUGCCAGUCUCCCACAUCACCACGACCAUGAUGAUGGUCGGGGAGUACAACUACGACGACGUCUUCCUGGGCUCGGGGUUCGGCGCCAGCGCCGGGCCGCUGCUGGCGCUCUUCAUCGCGCUCAUGUCCAUCAUGGCGGUGAACCUGUUGAUCGGUAUGACGGUGGCCGACACGCGCGGCGUGUUCCGCGAGGCCAAACUGCAGAGCCUGCGCCACACGGCCGUCCAGGUCCUGCAGGUGGAGACGGUGCUGCGCUCGACGCUGCUGCGCGCCCUGCUGCCCAGCCGGCUGCUGCGCCGUCAGCAGCAGCGUGCCGCCGUGCUGCCGCUGCUGCGCGCGCCGGCCGCCGGCGCCCAGUGCGGGUUCACCGCAGCGCGCGGCGCCGUGACGCUGGACCCGCAGCCAGAGGACGACCUCAGUCCGGCCGUGUUCCGUCCCAACAGCCGGCCGGAGCGGCGCACCGUGUACCUGCGGCCGUCCGGCGGCGGCGCGCUGGUGGCCAGCGGUCUGCAGACGCGCGGCUGGAUGCAGCGCGGUCUGCUGACGCUGCUGCGGCGCCGCCAGCAGCAGCCGGCCGACCAGCACCUGGAGCGGCUGCUGGACGCCCUGCUGGCCGAGCUCAGCCGGCCCAGCUCCGUCACCGACGAGGAGCUGCUGGUGCUGACGCGCGCAGCCUGGGCCGAGACGCCCUCCGGCGUCAGUCCGCCAGAGCGGGCCCCCUGGGCUGAGCCGUCCUCCGCUGUCGCAGCGCCGCCCGCGCCGUCUCCGGGCGGUGUCCUCCAAACGGCGAGCUCUAAGACAGAUCGGCUGCCGCCAGACCCGCAGCUGCCACACCCAGUGGACGGUGGAACAGCCGGAGAAGGCAGAGGACAGGAGAGGCCAGCACCGGACUCGGCGCACGCAGUGGACGGUGGAGCAGCCAGAGAAGGCAGAGGACAGGCUAGUUCAACACCGGAGCCGGCGCACGCAGUGGACGGAAAAACGAAAGCUGGUAAGGGACAGGCAAAGCCGGUGCCGAACCCACCUGAGUCGGACAGGGCAACCGCCAGCAAACACCCAGCACAAGACAGUCGGAUAUCCAGCACACAGCCUCGCCCACCAACCGACACACCACGCGUCCGGAAAACAGGGGACCGCCUCGGUGCCAGCCCUGACGCUGCGGCCGUGGCGGGGACGGGGACGGGUCCGCCCCGCCGGCCGGGUCGGGCCGAGCGCCGCCGAGAGCGCUGGCGGAAGGAGGCUCUGGCGCAGCGGGACGCCACCGUCGCGCUCUGUCAGAAACUGAACACGGUGCUGGUCAGUGUGGGCGACCUGUCCAGGAAGGUCACUACCCUGCAGCGCCGGCUGGCUGUCGGUGACGCGCUGACCCAGACGGCCGCCCGGAACAGCUCCGUUCAGCGGCCGGCUCCUGGCGUCCGUUAGUGUUAGCCGCACGGUGGUAAUGGACUGAACGUUGAAUAUUGGUGGUAGGAGGUGGACCGGAUAGCUGCUGCCUCCCAUGGAGGUAUGUUCAACACUGCGAUGGACGGCGAUGAAUGCGCUCACCAAAGAACAGAAAUAUCAGCUGGACAGCUCCACAAUUAAUCGCAGCUGAGUUCAGUAUAAAGAUGAGGAACUAAGACACAGUGUAUGGCCUUUGGUCAGAAUUGUGUGAGGUAUUGGUGACUGUCCAAAACUGCGUGUCGACCAGAUGUGCCCGGCCGGAAAUGAACUGCAGUUUUGUAAAUGUGAUAUUUUUGUAUAAUUGAAUUAAGACAUUGAAUUUGACAAUGUCCUAGUAUGUCACCGGUUAAAUAUAAAUUUUGAUGUUUGUGUACGUCGAUUGAUACAUAGAAUCAAGAAUGUGCCUGAAAGAUACCUUUGCAGUAGAAAACUAGACUG